AUGGCGAAGAGAAUGUUGAUCGAGGGUGCGAGCUGCCUGCGGGAUGUCAGCCUAGAAGUAGUUCCGGAGGUAGUGCGACGUGGUCAGAAGGUGAUUCUGCGCUGCCAUUACGAUCUCCAGAACGCUCCUCUUUACUCGCUCAAGUGGUACCGUGGCAGGUAUGAGUUCUACCGUUACACACCCUCCGAGGAGCCGACCACAAAAUUCUUCAACGUUACCGGGAUCUACGUUGACGCCGAGAACUCGAACAAGAGCCAGGUAACAUUGCGAGACGUCGACUUCGCCCUCUCGGGUACGUUCAGUUGCGAAGUUACGGCGGACGCGCCGACCUUCUCCACAAGCCACGUCUCGAAGAAUCUUACGGUAGUGUCUGUACCUGAAGGCAAGCCCGUUAUUGUAUCGGAACGCGAACGUUACGACCAAGGAGACACUUUGAGGGCAAAUUGUAGCUUACCACCCUCCAAGCCACCGGCUCAUCUCUCAUUCACUCUGAACAACGCAGCGGUUCCUGUCCACGCAAAUCAUGAGCUGCAGCUGCAUCAACACCGAAGGUGGGAUCUGAACGACGCCGAUCAGCAGGAGAAUCUUCAGUGGAUCGAGAUCAGGAUAAAGCUUCAACAGUUCCAUUACUUGAACGGCCAGCUGAAUUUACGAUGCAGCGCCCAGAUUCCAGGCAUAUAUUCAGAGACAAGCGAGGUGCAGCUUGGUGCUGGACUGCGUGAACCCGUGCCAGAGAGAGUGACCUCCGAGAACGGAAGUGAAGCUCCUGCGGCCGUCUAUUUGACGAUGCUGAUGCUGUGUAUGCUCCAGCUGUUUCUGAGAUAGUCACGAUACGCCUGAGGCCACAGAAAGGGAGCUUAUGGGUGUCACUCGAUAAACAGCGCACUAGUCAAAAGGAGGAGCAGGAGGAUGGGAAAAGGAGAGACAGUUUC